AUGCUCGCCGGCUUUGCACUUCCCCCUUCCGCCAUGUCCGCCGAAGACGAGCAGGCGCCUCCCCACGAGGCUACCGCUCCGCGCGAAGAAGGUAGCGCCGCGCUAUCAAACGAUAGUAGUUCCGAUAGCGACAGCUCUCCCAGCGAAAAUGAAGCCAGCGAAAGUGUGGAGUGGCUCGCCACCGGGCGCGCGAAGCGCUCGACGGCCGGAAACCGCAUGAAAUCGAUGCUCGCCAACGAAGAACCCGACUCCGACCUCGAGCUGCUCUUUGCUGAAGACGAGAAUGAUGCCGGUUUCGAAGACAUGGGCCACGAUUCCGACGUGCAUAUGGACUCGUCGUCCGAUGACGAAGAUGAGCAAAACGCCGGCGAGGAUCUUGAGGGUGAAAAAGAACUCGAGAGGCAGGCGAGGGAGAAGCGCACGGCGGCGCGGAAACGCAAGGCCCAAGAAGCCAUCCCCGCCAAGUUUCGAAAAAGGCAAACCACGCGGAUGAGCAAGGAGCAGUUACACCAGCAAAUGAAGGAACGCGAGGCGAGGAGGUUGAAGCAGUUGGCCAUCAUGGAAAAGAAGCAGAAAAAGUUGGACGCCAUGAAGAAGCCCCCGAUGACGCAGGAGGAGAGGUUGGCCGAGGCUGCCAGCGUGGAAAAGAGGAACGCUAAGAGCCUGAACCGGUGGGAGGAGGCGGAGAAGCAGCGCGAGGAAGAGCGGCGGGCCAAGCUUGCAGCCCUCAACAGCCGCACGCUCAACGGGCCCGUCAUCACAUUUUGGAGCGGACGGAGAGAGUGGAAUGAUGAUCGGCUAAAGCAGGCCAGUGUCGGAGGCGAAGCUCGUACCUAUCGAAGGCGCGCAGCCGAAGCCGGUAAUGGCGCUUCCGGCCAUCGAGACGCAGAAGCCUCCGACCAGCCUGUCGUCAAGUGUGCUGGCGGCUCCCGUGCUAGCUCCUCCGGCUGGCCUAUCGCCUACGAUGAACCUUUCCGGAGGAUACCCGAUUCCCUCGGGCCUGACGAUGAACAUCCUCGCUCCACCAAACACGACUCAACGCCCAUCGCCACUCUCUCUACCGCCCUCCACGCCCUCUUCUCUCAGCGCGCCGCGACAAGCACCUCCUGUGCCCGUAGCCGAUUCCCCUUGCAGCUGCCAGGCCCUCCUGCAGCCGUCAAGGAACAGCCCAAGUUGACAUCCGAUUCCAAGGACUCUGGCAGCGAUGACCCGAACACCUCGGCCAAGCAAGCUCAGAAGCAAGACCUGUCUACCGACGCUUCCACGCCUAAACCUCGGGAAGGUGUAGAAUCGCCUCCCGGGGACCAGGCAGACGGGGAGGCACAAGGUAACGGUGGCACCACACAUAUUGCGACUCGCAAUUCCAUCAUCCUCCAAAAUUUCAAUGAAACAAUGAUCAAGGAUAAGGUUGUGCAGACGCAGAUCUUGUUCGGGAGGAAGAUGAGCAAACUGCAAAAACCACCGUCGCAACCUCUGUGCGCAAUCACCAAUCUCCCGGCCCGAUACAAGGAUCCGAAGACGGGCCUACCGUUCCACAACGCCGCUGCUACCCGCAACCACCCCGGCCACGGAGGCGACGACAGCGCCGAGCGGCUCUACUGCAACGCCUAA